AACCGUUUUCGUGUGGCUACGGUCGAUGCAAAAAAAACAUGCGUGUUAGGCAACGUUUGAUUUGUGAAAGGUUACACUUGACUAGUGAAAGACUGAAAUAUACUUGGAAAUGCUAUGUAAGUAGUAAAUUAGCCCAACAGUGAUAUUAAAAAUACGUUUUCAAGUUUUGAACAGCCGCCACUAAUUCACAUAAACAUCCAUAGGCACAAAACCACGACUUAUCGGUAUAUUAGAAAACACGAAAAAAAGACAAAAACAUGUGAUGGGUUUUAUUUGAAAAAUUAGUUUUCCUUAUUCUUCUCAAAUUCUAAAUGUAUCGUAUUCACUUGGUGUUAUAUUAUCUAAUCUGGUUACUUUUGGCGAGCAAAAUAAUUUGGGCGGAUCAUGCGAAAAUAAUAGGGGGCCGAUUGGCCCAGCCGGGCGAAUUUCCUUAUCAGCUUUGCAUGUACGGCGCGUACAGAUGCGGGGGCGCCCUGAUAUCCAUGAAACGAUUCAUUACCGCCGGUCAUUGCUUUAUUUAUAAAGGAGUGCGUUUGGACAUAUCCAAGCAAUACAUGGUAGCCGGAGUGGUGAAUUGUUAUAAAACCGACGACCCGUAUUUUCAACAGAGAGGUAUCGUAGAUUACCAAAUGCACCCCGAAUUCAAGAACAAGAGGGACAAGACUUCCUAUCACGAUUUUGCCGUUGGGACAUUGGACAAACCGUUUAUCGAGUCCGAUCGUGUCAAAGCUGGUUCGCUUCCGACCGGCGAUCCGGAAGAUUUCCGCCAACGCUGGGUAGAUUACGUCAAAAGCGGUAGAACAUGCACUGCCAUGGGUUUCGGAGCACAGAUGGGUGACGAAGGCGUCUAUUCAAUGAAAUCGGGUUACGACAUAAGAGUGAUAGAAGUGCAACCGAAAGACGACAAAUAUUGCCAAAGUACCCUCUUAUACAAAACGGACAAGAAGCUUGACGGCGAAGUUUGUGCACUGGCCGUGGACCCUAAGAAGGACAGCAUGGCUCCUGGUGAUUCCGGCUCGGGUUUCAUCUGCGACGGCUAUCUCUUCGGUGUGAACACUGGUGGAUUAUUCAAGGAAGGCUAUAAUCUCCAGCUUUACACACUCGCUUAUCCUUACAUAAAUCUUUUCUCAUUGAAUUCGUCCGUCGGUCUCAGUGCUCGCAUGGUCCUCGUCAUCUUCGGUAUUUUAACCGUCGCUUCAGUCGAUAUUGUACACCUUUGAACAAUAAACACAUCCCUGUCCGAACUGUUAUUUAAAAUGUAUAACAAAUCCGAAUUAAUUCCGUAAAACACAUCACUCGAGAUUUCUGAACAAAGUCGAAAGUGAGCUACUGGCUAAUUUAUAUUAAUU